UCAUCGCUUACCGGAAGUAGAUGUCAUAAACAGGAACUUGUGGUUGCAUGCGGAAGUGUCACGUUCAUGAUGGCAACUGGGACGGAUCAAGUUGUUGGCUUUGGACUUGUUGCCUUUAGUCUGUCACUGUUCACAUAUUACACCAUUUGGGUCAUAGUUUUGCCUUUCGUAGACCGUGAUCAUGUGAUCUACAGCUACUUUCUUCCACGAGAAUAUUCAGUCAUACUUCCUGGAGUUGCAGCAUUAAUCCUCUUACUAUUUAUUGGCACCUUCAUAGUGGUCGUUACAUGGAAGAAUCGGAAACCUAAAAAAGUUCAAUAAGACUGGUUUCAAUAAAAUCAGGUUUUACUGAUCUGCUCACAAAAACAAUGGUGUUGUUUUUACUCAUGUACCAUCUCCAAUUACACCAAAGCUGCUUUACACCCUGAAUUCCAGUUUAUGGGAUGUUAAUAAAUUCAUUUUCAUUAAGAAUCAAAAGCAGUACACGAUAGUCUACUUGAGCCUUUAAGAUCUAGGGACUGCAAACGUCUUUGGACAAUUCUUUCCAUAGUCUAGAAAAUGUAUGCAACAGACAAAAGAUCUGUAAUCUGGCUAAGUAAAGACAAUUGUGUAGUUUGGAUCUGGAUGACAGUAGUGUGGUUUCUGUUUGUUUGUGUGUUUUUCAUGCUUUUAAAAUAAGAUGCAUUUUUGUCUUGUGUUGUAAAUAGACAUUAUUGUAAGCUAAAAUGCAUCUGCCACACAGUCUUAUAUAAAAAAAUAAAGAAAUAAUAUGGAAACCUU